UCUCUAAGCAGGCACAAUCGACGCCCGGCAGGUAAACGAGAACACUAGUGGGGCUGACUCACGCGUAUAUGUUUCUGCUAGAUUUGUUCUGCCGCUGACUUUUUUUAUUUUACGAGUGAAAAGUUUGGAAAAAAUUUCCCAAAUGGAUUAGGGGGGUGCAAAAAAAAAUUGAAAAAAAAAAAAAUUUUUUUUUUUUUUGGUGUUAAUUGUGUGUGAAAUUAUUUUUUUUUUUUUUUUUGAAAAUUUUUUUUUUUUUCAUGUGAGUUAUGGUGGAUUAAAGGUGUGACAAAUGUAUAUGUAUAUUUAUAUAUUGGUAUAUUUAUAUAUGUGGAGAUAGUAAUUUAUAUAUUUAUAUAUAUAUAUAUAUGUAUGUAGAUAUGUAUGUGGUUGAUAUGAUAAGUGGAAAAUGAUCAGUCGGGGGCGGAUAUGGGUGACGAUAAUGAAAACAGAAGAGAAUUGAAGAUUUAAGUUGAAAAAAAAAAAAAAAAAAAAAAAUUUUAGGAUAAUUGAUAACAAUAAGGAUAAUUUAUCGGUGUGGAUGCCGCGGGUCGAUUCGUGGAUGAGCAUUUUGAAAAGCUGAAGAAGGCCAGCCCGACGCAAUGCGUCGACGCUGCUGACGCAACGCGCCUGGAUGCGUCUCACUUUAAACACGUUACCACAGCUUGCCGUCUUAGCGAAGAUUUUGUGCCUACUGAUGGUGGUGAUGUGCGGGGCGGUGCCGGCAAUGGUGCGCUCCGUGAGUCUCUACUCGACUUGCAGCAGCGGGAACAUUACAGUGAUUGGCCGAAAUGUCAAAGCAUCUGCGCGCGACCAAGAUAAUGCCCCCUAUCAAAAACUUACGACGCAAUCAGACGACUUUAGUAGGAAGUUGUAUAUCUUCGCUGAAAAAUCUCAACGGUUUAUUUGCUUCAAUAAACGCUGGAAACCCAUUGCUUUGCCUAAGAAACAACGUGACGCAAUGUGUCAAUUCUACGAGACCUACAAUGGGCCUUACCUGCGGUACCGCAGCGCUGUGGACCCUACGAAGUACCUGGGGUUCAACAAGUACGGUCGACCAAUAAAGGGGCAGCGUGCGCGGCCAGAGUGCUACAAUUUCAUGAAGUACAACCCGAGCUUCAGUAUAAACGACCACAACGAUUGGAUGACUGGAAAUACACGCGUGCGCGAACUUCACAAGCCCCCCCACCCUCACCCCCACCCUGAGCACGCGCACAAAGAGCCACUGCGGGUAAAAAAGACCAAAAAAUCCCCGCGUAGACAAAAUUUAAAUUCUAAUUUCGAGUCGAAACAAGACUUGGAUGCGGAUCCGCCGCAGCGUGACAUGUCACGCCCUCUGGAUUUAUUUGAAAAAAAUCCAGAUGAAUUUUUGCGGCCUCCGCAAUUUCUUGAGCCGGAGUUUUCUUUGGAAAAAAAGAAACUUCUUUUGGAAAGGGAUGUUAUUAUGUACCAGAGGAACUCCGAGUUAGAGAUGGCGCGACAGUCGAGGAAAAACCACCUCCAAGAGCCCCACCGUCAUCGACAUACGAGUCGCGGGAAGGGAAAGUCUGGAGAUACGCGGACUAGGCGCCACCGUCUGCCCGCGAGCAAGUAUUAGAUUCUGUUAGUUUACCUUUUUUAUUAUUAAUUAUAAUUAUUAUUAGUUGUAAUUAUUGUUAGUAAAUAUCAAGACUGCCUCUUUUUCUUAUGUCCGAAGUGCCGGUUUCACACGCUAAAUUUCAUUUUUUAUAUGUCAUUUACGCCGUAGGCUUUCUUUAGGGUGUUGUCAUGAGUGGUGAGAAGAACUGAGCGUGUAUUUUUAUUUAAUAAGAGUUUUUUCCCGCCUUUUUUUCGGUUAAAACAACUUUAGAGGCUUCAGACGACAAAAUAGCGUCGAUUUAAACCUAAAAUGGCCGCCAGGGAGUCUAAAUACAGUUAAACUUAUUCCUUAGUGUCUUUAAUCAAAAUGGCGGCUUUAAAGUGACACGAAAUGGCGCCCAAGAAGUAAUUGUAGACAAAAUGGUGUCUAUUUAAACCUAAAAUGGCCGCUAAGGAGUCAAAAUACGGUUAAAUUUAAUUUUUAGAGUCUUUAAUAAAAAUGGCGGCUUAAAAGUAACACGAAAUGGCGGCCAUGAAAUUUUUGUAGACAAAAUGGCGUCGAUUCAAACCUAAAAUAGCUGCUAAGAUGUCAAAAUUCGGUUAAAUUAAAGAUUUUGUAUUUAUACACGAAAUGGCGGCCAUGGUAACACAAAAUGGCGGCUUGGAGUCAUAAAAAUUUUCUUUUUUAACAAAAUGGCGUUGAUUUAGACACAAAAUGGCGGCCAAAACCGUAAAAAUCUAUUGAAUUUUAGCAAACUCGUUCUUUCACAACAAAAUGGCGGCUUUUACUUGACACAAAAUGGCGGCCAUUAUUAUAAUCUCUCUAAAACAUCACAAAUAUUAUUUUCACCAAAAUUUCCGCGAUAAAGUAAUUUUAAAUUGCCCGAAAUGAUAAAAAAUAUUUAUUGUCAACAAAAUGGCGCUCUUUGACCUAAAGGCGGGAAAUUUGAAUUUUAAAUAAAAAAAAACUCUUAUUAAACCCCAAAGUAUUUUGUUAUUUUGUUGUAUUUAAGGAUGUGCUGUCAUUUAAAAUGAUGUGAGUGACUUUUCGUACGAUUGUGUGUAAAAUAUUAAUUAGUUAAUUCAUAAUUAAUAUUUUUAAUUAAUUUCUUAUAUCUAAAUAAUUAUUAAUUACCAUUAUAUAUUUUUAGUAAUUAAAUUUAUUACUAUUAUUAUUAUUAUUGUUAUUAUUAAUUAUUAUUAUUGUAAUGAAGUUGAAGUAAUAAAAUAAUUGCUAAUGCAGACUGUAUUACUAGAUUUUAGUGUUAGGUGGCGACUCAACGAAAAAUCGACUUUUUUUUUAUCUGGUCAAAAAAAAAUUUUUUUUAGAUAAAAAAUUUUGAAUUUCCGAUUUUUCUGAAAAAAUAAAAAAACAAAAAAAAUACGACUGGGCUUCGCGAUGUAACAUGUAUGCUGUAGUGAGAAGUAAUUAAAAAAAAAUAGUAAAUACUAACUGAUUAAUAAUAAAUAAAUAUAAUUAUAAAAAAAAAUAAAUUGGACGCUUAUAAUUUAAUAACGGACAAUUAAUGUACUUGUAAUGCCAUAUUACGCGGAAAAAAAAUAUAUAUUAAAAUAAACUGAUUUUUUGUAUGUAACCCGGUUAUUUCUUUUCCAAAAAAGAUCUGGGUCUUUGUAUUAAAUAAAUAAAUAUAUUAAUUAAUUAAUAAAUAUAUAUAUAUUGAAAAUAUUUAACUAUAAUCUCAAGAGGCCUGAAAAUUUGUUCACGAUUUAUAGUUUGACAAUUAUCUCGUAAUUGAACACCAGAAAAAUUUUUUUAAGGGCAUAGGUCGAUAGGAAAUUUUUUCUUCUACAAUUUUGGUCCUUUGGCCGGAAUAGAUAUCUCGAACCGUUUAAGAGAUAUCGAGCAUUUGUUUAUGGUCACCCAAAAUACGCUUAGCUUUGAGGACUUUUACAAAAAUGGCGAUAUCUCCGAAACGGUUCGAGAUAUCGAUUAGGGCCAAAGGAC